AACUCCAUUGCUUUCCCAGGCAUGAGAAAUUGCAAAAUGGUCCGGGUGGCUAGUGUGCUGGGGCUGGUGAUGCUCAGCGUGGCUCUGCUGAUCUUAUCCCUCAUCAGCUACGUGUCCCUGAAAAAGGACAAUAUCUUCACCACUCCCAGAUAUGCCAGCUCGGGGGUGCCCAGAAUGUACAUGUUCCAUGCUGGAUUCAGGUCCCAGUUUGCACUGAAGUUUCUGGACCCUUCGUUUGUACCGAUUACAAAUUCUUUGACACACGAGCUGCAGGAAAAGCCUUCCAAAUGGACGUUUAAUAGAACAGCAUUCUUACAUCAAAGGCAAGGAAUUCUCCAGCAUGUUGAUGUAAUAAAAAAUUUUUCUUUGACCAAGAAUAGUGUUCGGAUUGGACAGCUGAUGCAUUAUGAUUAUUCCAGCCAUAAGUAUGUUUUCUCUAUUAGCAAUAACUUCAGAUCACUGCUUCCAGAUGUCUCACCUGUCUUGAAUAAGCAUUAUAACAUUUGUGCUGUUGUUGGAAAUAGUGGAAUCCUUACAGGGAGUCAGUGUGGACAAGAAAUAGAUAAGUCUGAUUUUGUUUUUCGUUGCAACUUUGCUCCAACUGAGGCUUUCCAAAAAGAUGUUGGAAGGAAAACCAACCUUACAACCUUCAAUCCCAGCAUCCUGGAAAAGUAUUACAACAAUCUUUUGACCAUUCAGGAUCGCAAUAACUUUUUUCUAAGUUUAAAAAAGCUUGAUGGGGCCAUUCUUUGGAUCCCAGCUUUUUUCUUCCACACUUCAGCAACUGUUACAAGAACAUUGGUUGACUUCUUUGUUGAGCAUAGAGGGCAAUUAAAGGUCCAGCUGGCUUGGCCAGGAAAUAUAAUGCAGCAUGUCAACAGGUACUGGAAAAAUAAACAUUUGUCACCCAAGCGACUGAGCACAGGUAUUCUUAUGUAUACCCUUGCUUCUGCAAUAUGUGAAGAGAUCCACUUGUAUGGGUUUUGGCCAUUUGGAUUUGAUCCUAACACCAGGGAAGACCUCCCAUACCAUUACUACGAUAAAAAAGGAACAAAGUUCACUACCAAGUGGCAGGAGUCCCACCAGCUGCCUGCAGAAUUCCAGCUGCUCUACAAAAUGCAUGGUGAAGGACUAACUAAACUGACUUUGUCACAUUGUGCCUAAGAACUUAAAACUUGAAGUGCCAAAUGAUUGUUUAAAAAGUGCCCAAAACUGAAUUAAACAUUCUUUAAAAUAUAAUUCUAAAAAAAAGAAAAAACCCUAAAAUAUUUUCCAUAAUAUAAAGAUGCUUUUUAAUAGCCCUUAUCACAGCUCAUCAAAAAGUUUCAGCAUAUUUAGCAAUGCAGAAGUGUUUAUCAAAAUGUACUGACACUAUUCAUGGACCAGAAAAGUUUAAACUCUUUAAGAUAGAUAUUUUGCAUUUAUAGAUAUGCUACUAAAUACAUGUUUUAAAAUAUUUUCAUAUAUAUAUUUUAACAUUACACUAAAUGCCUCUAACCUACAAAUUUUAAUGUUCCCUGCAGAUUAGAAUUAGAACCAUUAGUUUAAAAUAUUUUGCUUAUCUUACAGCUAUUACUAUUAGUAGUGAAACAUACACUUGUUGCCAUGGCUAAUUGGAGAAAGCUAAUUAACAUUUCCAUUUACUAUCAAGUUAUAGUUCUUUAGAAUGGACUCUGAUUUUCACAGCUUGCAUAUGAUCUGUGGUCUUGUAUUUUACAUUUUCCUAGGAAUAGUAUUAAAGUGAUGGGCCUUGUCAUAACUAGAUACAUAAAUUGUUCUUAGGUUACUUCAGUGUUUUAAUUCAGUUUGAGACAAAUCCUAGAGACGGACCCAUUUAAAUCUAUGGGAAUGUUGUCAUUAACAUCAGUGUAACAGAAUUUGGCUGUUUGAUUUUAAAAUUAAUGUAUCAAGAUUAAUAAUACGAUUUUUUUAAAUUCUAUUCUGUGAUGAGGAGGCCCUUCCUAAUCCUAUCCAAACAUCCCCAAAGGGGGCUGACAGUGAUUUGAGGAAUAUAGAUCCUUUGGAGGAGGAGCACAGUUUGUAAUAGUCUCUUUGACCUAGGCUCCUCUAUUCCUAAACUCCCCUUCAUCAGUGUUAUUGCUGCACUCCCAGUCUUCACAAGCCUAACCCACAUAUUCUAAAACCACUGCAAGAAAUGGGUUUUCUACUCCAUAGCCCAUUGCACUACCAACCAAAGCCCUAGUCCUGCAAUGAGCUCUGUGCGGCCUCUGGAGUCCACCCAUGCAGAUCUCAUUACAGGAUCAGGGUUCAAGAUAGAAAUUAGAUUUUCACAUAUAUUGUUUCUUUUUCCUUUUAGUUCUACUGUACCUCAAGCAUAGUUAUUCUAUGUGUUCGGGUGAUACAUUGUGUUAUGUUCCAAAAGUGGCAUCCAUACUGGAAAUACUAUACCCCAUCCUGUUGCUCCCUCUCCAUGUCCCCCUAAAAAAGAUGUGCAGAAACCAGGGUAACCAUUACAUUGCUCCUGAACAAGUGUGUAUAGUUAUGUCUAAAAAAAAAGUAUAAUGAUGAAACAUAAUUCAACAAAAAUCUUUGAUAGGUUUUUUUAUUUGGGAGCAGUGAUGAUAAGAUCAAUGCCAACAAUGGGAACAGAUUAAAAUUACUGGCUAAAAUUUUCAAAUUUAGGUGCCAAAAGUUAAUCACCUAAUUCCAUAUUUAGGUAAUUAAACAUUCACUGAAGUCCAUGGGAGAUGCAGGUUUCUAAACCACUUUAAAAAUCAGGCAACUUAUGUAGGGACCUAACUUUUGGGGCCUAACUUUGAAAACAUUGGCCAUUAUGUCUCAGGCCAAUUGAUUCUAAUAUUUUUAAAUUAAAACCAUUAUGCUUCAAAAUAUUCUAACAAUUUUAUAUUAUUUUGUAUGACUUCAAGUGAAGAAUAACUAAGUCCUGGAGGUAUCUGUGAUAAUGAUGUAAAACACCACACAUGCUGCUAUCUUAAUUUUUCAAAUAUUCAUCUACAAAGUAAAAAUAGAAUUUAAGAAUGGAAAACUCCAGGGUAAUAUAAAUAAUGUUCUAAUCAGUGAGGAGUGGUCUCCCUCCUCCAUGGAAUCCACUGAAACCUCUGCACCUUGGCUUGAGAUGGCCAUGCCGGGACUGGAGAAGGAUGGAAAUGGGGACCACUGCUUUAUUUGGCAUAAUCCCCUCAGCAUCCAUGGUGAAAUGCUGACCCUAAUGAACUCAGUGGGAGUUUUGCCUUUGAUUUCAAUAGGAAUUUCUCCCUGAGUUCUUUUCUGAGUGAAAAUCUGCCUGAGAGUUAGGGUGAAAUUCUGGCCCUAAUCAGGUUAAUGGGAGUGUUAGCUCCAUUUCUAAGCUUUCACCUCUCUCAGGAUUCCCAUGUGAGGGGAGCACGGAGCCACCUUGCAACAACUUUAAAAAACUCUGAAUCCCAAUGCCUCUGGUGGAAAAGCAAAUGCUAUCCAGCUGACUUUGCAUCAUCAAACUCAGCCUGUGCUAUGCAUUGUUCUUAAAGUGGUGUUUCCACCAGUGAAGGACGCCAGCCCCAUUCACUGAAUGGAGAUCCUGAAACAGCAAGAGUUUUAAAACCAUUUUCAAAAUUCUUCUUUGAUUCCUGGAGAGGACAUAAAUCACCAACAAUUUGCUGGGUUUGUUUUGUAAAUAGAAACUUAAAACUGAAAGUGUUCAGGAGAAGGUUAGCCUAUAUCCAAACUCACCGAGUAUAGAGUAUUCCAUCAUAGUGUUAAUGGAUGACUUCACACUCUCCUGUUUAGAAAUUGCAUUAUUGCUAAAGUUUCUUGCCCAGUUGUGGAAGCCUGCAUCUGCUUUCCUGAUAUCUUUGUCUGUCCUGCUCGCUAUUCUUAAGAAUUCAUACACUAGAGUUUUACUUAUUACAGGUGUUGUUAUUAAGUGGCCUCAUAAUGGUGAGGUGCCAAUGUAUCAUAGCUCCAUAUGAUUAAUUAUUGCUAUUUUAUUUAUUAUUUGCAUUGUAAUAGCAUGUGGGAUCCCCAAUCAGGGAUUAGUUCUCCAUUGUGCUAGCCAAUGUUCCAACACAGGACAAAAAGACAGUCCCUGCCCCCAAAGAGCUUACAAACUACGAUAUACCCAGGUUAAGGAGCUAGGGCCCAGCCCUGCAAACCUCUACCUUCUGACUAGUCCUAGUGAAGUCAGAUGAGUAAAGGUCUUCAGGAUUGGACCCAUCCCUUGUAACUCCUAAUCUGCCAUGUUACACUGUGGGUGUGAUUGCUAUGGUAUAACCCAGUCACUGUCCAAUAUUAAACAGUGUUAAACAAGGUUUGGGGUUGGUAUACAGAAACCUCAGCCUGCUUAGUACCGUGGCAACCACAUUAUUAAAUAUCCCUUUUAACCUUUUAUUAAAGAUACAGCAAAGACAGAAAAACAGUUAAAGGAUGCAAAAUGUAAAGUAUUAAGUAAGGUUUUCAUGUUAACAACAUCCCUUGUUCUCUUUCUCUUUAGCUGAAGAGAAUUUGUAGAAGGAAGAAAAAUCUUUGUUUGAUAGUCAUUAGAUGGUACCAAAAAUGGUAAUAACUGUCCUUUUGGGAAAAAAUUGAUGAAGAUAGUUGAGAUGGGCUGGAGCUGUUGUUCCUGAUACUAUUGUUAAAGUUUGAUCCUAUUUCAUCCCAGAUGGUGUUUGGGAUUCAGCUGGAGCCAAGCAGAGGUGGUGUUGUGUUCUGUGUUCUCUCUCUCUGGCAUGGUCUGGUCAGGACAUCUCUCAAGAUCAGGAUGAUGAAGACCCAGGGGUCCAGGAGAUGGUGGGGUGGCAGCCAUGAUGGUGAAGCUUGCUCCAGUAGAAAUUUUUCUCCCCAAAGUCUUUUUCUUUUAAGGACCCCAAAAAGGAAUAGUGGGUGGAAUAGCACAUCCCCUCAUUAUUUCGUCCACCAAUUAGGCCUACUUCUGGCACAACAAUUUUGGUUCACUAUUUUCUGGUUCCACGCUUUUCUUGCUUACAAGCAGGAUCUUAACACAGUCCUUGAGUUAUAUCAGUAGGCCUUUUUGUAUGGACUAAUUCAGUCUUUCUCCAUUUCGUACCUUUUCCCAUCAACAUUUGUUGCUAUUGUGACAUCUUAUGAACGUACACUGACUUUUUACAAUGGAACUCACAAUUCAGGUAAAUUUGUAAGCCCAGUUAUCGCAGCUUGGGGUGCAGAAGGGGUAAGAGAGGAGCAGCAGCCCAAGAAUUAAGUUCUGAACAAUUGUCUUUUUCUGGGUGCCUGUGUCUAAGGAAGGUGAAAACAUGAUUUACAUAUUUUUCAAAAAGGAAGAAUGAGAAUUAUGAAGGGUAGGGUUCUGCACUAAUUAUUAACUAGGAACGUCAAUUAAUCUUUUCCAAUGUACCUUACUAUUGGAUUGUACAGUAUGUGUGUGUUCACCAUGGAAGCUAAGUCCAUUCUUAAUUCACUGCUAUGUAUAAUAGAAUAUUCUUAGUUUAACUUAAUAUACACACACAGCCACCAAUACACACCUAAUUCUAUAAACAUUGUAUCAUAUUUUGUACUGUGUGGAACUCAGUCACUGGAGAACAGGAAAUAUUGCAGGAGGGUUCAUAGUUGGUAGCUGGCAUUUUAGUUUAAGUGAUGGAUUAUUAAUUUAAACAGUGGGAAACUAUAAUUUUAAUCUAAUUAA